UCCUCGCCUCACUGCCGAGUUUCCCAGUCGAAGAUGUCCAACGCCCACGGCGGAGCCAUGGACGCCCGCAGCGGCUACUGCGCAACGACCAAGUCAUUCCGCAGCCUCCGCCCGCCGCUGCCGCUGCCGCCGGCGGACGCCCCGCUCACAUUCCCGUCCUUCGCGCUGUCGCUGCUGCCGUCCCCUCUCCCUGCCCACCCCGCGCUCCUCGACGCCGCCACCGGCGAGGCCGUCUCCUACCCGGCCUUCCUGUCCCAGGUGCGCGCGCUCGCGGCCGCCCUGCGCUCGCGCGCGCUCCCGCUCCCGCUCGGCCACGGCGACGUCGCCUUCGUCCUCGCCCCCUCGCGCCUCGACGUGCCCGUGCUCUACCUCGCGCUCCUCGCCGUCGGCGUCGCCGUGUCCCCGGCCAACCCGGCCCUCACCGCCGGCGAGCUGUCCCGCCUCGUCUCCCUGUCCGGCGCGUCCGUCGCCUUCGCGGUCUCCUCCACCGCCGCCAAGCUCCCCGCCGGCCUCCCCACCGUCCUCCUCGACUCCCCGCGCUUCCGCUCCCUCUUGCGCCACAACGAGGACCGAGGGGAGAACGAGUCGGCGCCCCCGCUCGACGCCGGCGCGGUGCACCAGUCCGCGACAGCGGCCAUCCAGUACUCCUCCGGCACGUCGGGGCGGGUGAAGGCGGUGGCGCUGUCGCACCAGAGCCUCAUAGCGAUGGCGGCGGGGCUGCACGCCCAGCACGUGAGGUCGAGGAAGGGCGUCGAGAGGAAUCUGAUGAGCGCUCCCAUGUUCCACUCCAUGGGCUUCUCGUCCGUGCUGAACGGGCUGGCGCAGGGGCGGACGAUGGUUGUGAUGACGGACGCGGCCGCGCGGGCAGGGCUGAGGGGGAUGCUGGAGGCGGCGGAGCGGUGGGAGGUCACGGAGAUAACGGCGGCGCCUCCCAUGGUGCUGGCGAUAACCAGAGACAGGUACCGGCUGAAGAGCCUGGUGCGGGUGGUCUGCGGCGGAGCCCCUCUGCCGACGCCGGUGGCGGAGCAGUUCCGUCGGCGCUUCCCUCACGUGGAUCUACGCACGGGUUAUGGCUCAACAGAGGCUGGGGCCGUAUCCUUGAUGGUCGACCGGGACGAGUGCUCCCACCUAGGCUCCGCUGGCCGCAUCAACCACAACGUCGAGGCGAAGAUCGUCGACAUCGUCACCGGCGAGCCCUUGUCCGUCGGGCAGAAAGGGGAGCUGUGUUUGUCCGUCGGGCACCGGCGAGCCCUUGUCCGUCGGGCAGAAGGUCCGCAAGGUGCUCUUCAUCGACUCCAUACCCAGAUCGCCGGCCGGGAAGAUCUUGAGGAGGCAGCUGUCGAGCCAUCUGUCCAGAAUGUGAUCAAGCUUGUGAGACCAUCUGUGAGAUCCUCGUCCGUAUUCGUUGCAAUGGGCAAAAAGAAGACUUAUAAUAUCCACAGCAACUAUGGUGUGGACUGUGGAGUGCUCAAUGUUAAUGUUCAAACCUUGUUGUGCCCUCUAGGAACAUGUCGCCGAAGCAUUUUAUUUUUCUUCCGCCUGUCACUUGUCAAUUCUCAUACCUAAAGAAUAUAUCAU